CAUCUAUAUCAUCAUAUACAAUCACUUUAUAGUUUUAGUAUACGUAUAUUGUACAGAGCUAUUGAAGUGCAGUUAUAUACACGCACAUCAUGUCUGACCCAAAAGCCGUGAAAGAUGAGGAGCUGGCUACCGCCAUCCUAAAGAAGAAAUCAGCCCCCAAUCGGCUUUUGGUUGAAGAUGCCGUUAAUGACGAUAACUCUGUCGUUUCGCUGAGUCAGGAGAAGAUGGACGAGCUCAACCUCUUCCGCGGCGACACAGUGCUGCUCAAAGGCAAGAAGCGUAAGGACACCAUCUGCGUGGUCCUGUCAGACGAUGACUGUGGCAACGGCAUGAUCCGCAUGAACAAAGUGGUACGUACCAACCUGCGCGUGCGUCUGGGGGAUAUCGUGGCCGUGCAGGCCUGCCCCGAGGUCAAGUAUGGCGAGCGUGUGCAUGUGCUUCCCAUUGAUGAUACGGUUGAGGAUCUGAACUACGACGCCGCAAAGCUGUACGACCUUUUCUUAAAGCCGUAUUUCGUGGAGGCGUACCGGCCCUUGAGGAAAGAUGAUCGGUUCCUGGUCCGCGGAGGAAUGCGUAGCAUUGAAUUCAAGGUGAUGGAGGUAGACCCCGCACCCUACUGCAUCGUAGCUCCGGCAACCGUCAUUCACUGUGAAGGCGAUCCUGUGUCACGUGAAGAUGAAGAGGCUGAUCUAAGCGAUGUAGGCUACGACGACAUUGGCGGCUGUCGCAAACAGUUAGCGCUGAUUAAAGAGAUGGUCGAGCUUCCUCUGCGCCACCCUCAGUUGUUCAAGAGUAUCGGUAUCAAGCCACCCCGUGGUAUCCUCCUCUUCGGCCCUCCCGGAACCGGUAAGACGCUGAUCGCACGAGCGGUUGCCAACGAAACCGGUGCCUUCUUCUACUUGAUCAACGGGCCCGAAAUCAUGUCUAAAAUGGCUGGGGAGAGUGAAAGCAACCUGCGCCGCGCCUUUGAGGAAUCGGCUAAACAAUCUCCGGCCAUCAUCUUUAUCGACGAGAUCGAUUCCAUCGCCCCCAAGCGUGACAAGACCCACGGAGAGGUGGAGAGGCGUAUCGUGUCUCAGUUGCUCACGCUGAUGGAUGGCAUGAAACGCACCGAGCAUGUGGUGGUAAUGGGUGCUACCAACCGGCCUAAUAGUAUCGACUCGGCGCUGCGGCGUUUUGGGCGAUUUGACAGAGAGAUUGAUAUUGGCAUCCCCGAUGCCACGGGACGGUUAGAGGUCCUGCGCAUCCACACAAAGAACAUGAAGCUGGGUGAUGAUGUCGACCUGGAGCAGGUAGCCAAUGAGACCCACGGUUACGUUGGUGCUGAUUUGGCGCAGCUUUGCUCCGAGGCCGCCCUCCAGCAGAUUCGCGAGAAGAUGGACCUCAUCGAUUUGGACGAUGACAAGAUCGACCCCGAAGUGCUUGAUGCACUUGCCGUGACAAUGGAUAACUUCCGCUUUGCCCUCGGCGCCUCCAACCCAUCGGCACUGCGAGAGACUGUUGUGGAGACUCCCAACGUCAACUGGGACGACAUCGGUGGUUUGGAGACUGUCAAGAGAGAGCUGCAAGAGCUGGUACAAUACCCCGUCGAGCACCCCGAGAAGUUCCUAAAGUUCGGUAUGACGCCCUCGAAGGGUGUACUGUUCUACGGUCCCCCGGGAUGUGGUAAGACGCUUCUAGCCAAGGCCAUUGCCAACGAGUGCCAGGCCAAUUUCAUCUCAAUUAAAGGUCCCGAACUUCUUACCAUGUGGUUCGGUGAGUCCGAAGCCAACGUGCGUGAGAUCUUCGACAAAGCGCGUGCGGCCGCACCCUGUGUGCUGUUCUUUGACGAGUUGGAUUCCAUUGCCAAGGCGCGUGGCGGUGGUGGUGGCGAUGCCGGGGGUGCGGGUGACAGAGUCAUCAACCAGAUCCUUACCGAGAUGGACGGUAUGAACGCGAAGAAGAACGUUUUCAUUAUCGGUGCCACGAACCGACCGGAUAUUAUCGAUGGGGCUAUCCUACGACCCGGACGUUUGGACCAGCUUAUCUAUAUCCCUCUGCCCGAUGAAGCGUCGCGUCUGUCUAUCCUGGAGGCUGUGCUGCGUAAGUCGCCCGUGGCCCCUGAUGUCAGUAUCAAGCUGUUGGCCCAGGUCACCAAGGGAUUCUCCGGUGCGGAUUUGACGGAGAUCUGCCAAAGGGCCGCCAAGCUGGCUAUCCGAGAGUCUAUCGAGAAGGAUAUGCAGCGCGAGCGUGAACUCCGCGACAAUCCCGAUCAAGAAAUGGACGAGGACUAUGAAGACCCUGUCGCUGAGAUCCGCCGAGAUCACUUCGAAGAGAGUAUGCGCUUCGCCCGCCGGUCCGUGAGUGAUCAAGACAUCCGCAAGUACGAGAUGUUUGCACAAACCCUACAACAGAGCCGAGGAUUCGGAAACCAAUUCCGAUUCCCCGAGGGUGGUGUAGCUGGUUCCGAGCCAGCGGCAGGCGCCCCCGCCACCGGUGAGGGUAUUAGUUUCGAGGAUGCCGCGGACGAUGAUCUGUACAACUAAGUCUAUGGCGUGCGAUAAGUUUACGCACCGUUGAGUCCGUGGUUUGCUGGAGAUGCCUGCUUUAGUGCCACAUUGAGAUUGAACAAAUGCGAUGCCCACAUGUAUUCGAGAUCCGUUAGAUUAUAGUUAUGAAGAUGUGAGUGCGUUAUGUACUAAAUAGUGACGCAUUCGAGGAUCUCAGGCCACUCGAACAACAUGUGUGUAUGUCAAGAAACUUCGCUGAAACUCAUGAGCACCUGUAGCUGGAGCAAUCUGGUCUAAAACCCGCGACUGAUUAUUUAGAUAUUUAGUUCGAAUGGCCUCGCACUGGAUGUUAUGUACAUGUACGCGCAUAUGCAGUAGCCACAGGUCGAGUUAUGAAGGUAUGAGGAAUUCUGUGGUGGGAGUAGGACAACGAAUAUAGAUACUUGGGUUACAUAGCGCAAAUAAAACCGAUCAUAUAAAUUCUAGUUGGCAUACGGGUAGUAGUACGUGUCUGCCUGAAUAGUGUGUAGUCAACUCCUAUAGUUUGCGAUACAUCCCUAUAAAUUGUAAACUCGAAAAUCUCGGUCGGUAUCGCGCAAUAAACCAAAUGUAAAUAAAUACUAAGCAGUUUGCAUUCUCA